AUGUCCGCAGACACCUCCGACCCCAGGCUCGCCGCCGCCGUCGAGGCCGUGCAUGACCCCCAAGACGCGACUGCAUGGCUCGUCGCAGGCUACGACCCCUCCCCAGCCUCGUCGGCCAUCAUCCUCACCGCCCAAGGUCCGGACCCGUCGCUGCCCCCGCUCCGGACCAGUCUCGACACCACGACCCAGGCCGGAUCCGCCGCGGCGUUCGGGUUCGCAACGAUCGCCGGCCGCGGGCUGGUGGUGCUGCGUCUCGCUGACGGUGUCUCUGGCGUUCGAAGAGCCAAGGCCGUCGUCCACUCACGCGCGUUUGCGGCCCUCUUCCCAGACUAUCUCGCCCUCGUCACUGUCACGAAACACGGCGAACUCACCGACGAACUCAUUGCAGACCGUCUCGGAUGCUCUGCCGACGCCUUGAUACCGUCGUCGUCGUCCUCAACAACAGUGGUGGACGCGCGGCCAGCAAUUGAAUCCGAACCCGGCCCUGAGCCCACCGUGGACAGCGACGCUUUGCACAAUGUCGGGAAUGCUGGGAAUGCAAUCCCUGCCGCUGGGACCCCCGCUCCAGUGCAGGUCACAGCGUCUUCGGUCGCAGAGCCCUCGACUUCUGCUCCCAAUGCAGCAACACCAGCACGGACACCACCACCAUCACCACCACCAACACCACCACAACCCACGGCCUCACAAGACGUCGCGCCACCGGAGCGACAAAAUGGCAGCGUACCUGCUGCGAGGAGCUCGUUGGGACAACCCGGUGUGUCGUCGGCGAGUAAUUUAGAGAUCUCGGGGAUCGCCCGCUCCCUCUCAGCCGCGGAUCCACAAUUACCACGAGAGAUCGCCAUGCCUCCUCCCUCGGGACCACUUCCACCCAUCCCAAAGACUGCGCGUGCAGCCACCAAAGCUGCGCUAGCAUCGACACCUGCGUCCUCGUCGUUCGCCCCUCCAGGUGCUAUGGCGACGCCACCCUCCGCAUUCGCACCAUUCGCUGAGGGUGACCUCCCUGAGCUCCCUGUACCGGAGCUGAGCGACACCGACUCGGAGGGGUUCACCCCUGUGACCGCUCGCGUAUUCCAGCCCCGCCCAAGGGCUGCAGCAGCGAUCGCGGCUGCUUCUGCAGGCGCAGGGGUCGUGCAAGGGACCUCGACGUCGGUAGGAACGCCCACCAUCGCUUCCCCAGACCGGCGCGAAAGUGUCCCCCACCAUGACCACGAGUUGACAGACGACGAAGACGAGCGUCCGCCGCCACCGUCCCUCCCAACUUCUGUCACCUCUACACCCGCAUCGUCAAACCCACCAACAUUCCCCACAUUCCCGACCGUCUCUGUUCCCGACUUGGCUGCUCUGGCCACUCUCUCGCCUGCUCCGUCGGCCAUGUCGAGUGUCCGGUCAAGCGCUGUCGGCGACGCUCCCCCCAUCCCCGAACGCGCGGCUGGUCGCAGCAGGGCUGCCAUGUCGCCGAUAUCACCACCACCACCACCACCAGCCGCUGACCACAACCUCUUCCCUCAAGCCGCUGCCGGCCCUUCCACUCUAUCCGCAUCCGUAGAGGAGCUCACCCAUACAGCAAGGCUGGCCCCACAUGCUGACUCGGCCGAGCAUGAGGACGUGCCUCUGGCCCUCGCGGUCGUGGCACAACAAUGGGCCGAGCCACCGUCGGAGCUUGCGUACGCUUCGUCGCCGGCUGCUUCGCCAGAGAGCGAUACCAGCGUAGCGUUCGGUACGCCGCCAGUGGUUAGUGCCGCGCUCUCGCCGCUGGUGGCCACAGCAUCGAGGUCGGGAUCGAGCCCCGCCACCACCUCGAGCGGCCCCACAGUGUCAAAUGGGCCCAGUCCGGCUAUCCCCUCGAUGUCUGCGUUUGGCAUCAGCGCCCCGCUCCCCCCCACGCCCUCUGGAUCCAGUUCCAUCCCGCCAGUGCCACCUGUCCCGGCCCAGCUGGCAGCGCAGCAGACGGCCUUUCGCCAACAGCAGCUGCAGUUGGUGCAAGCCCAGCAACACGCCCGCACUCAGGCUCAAGCACAGCUGCAGUACUCCCCCCUUCCCCCUCUCCCUCCCGGGGCCCAGCCCUUGCCACACCCGCGCCGCCACUCACCGUACGAGCCUCGAGCACCGUACGAGCAACGAGCACCAUACGAGCCACGGGCACCGUACGACCCGCGCCAGUCAGCCGACAGUGGCAAAAUGUCCUUGCGCAAGAGCUAUGGCAGCGACUCGGACAAGUCGGUGGUGUACCGCUCAAAGUCGCGCGAGCACGCCCGUGCCCUCGCUGCGUCUGCCGCCGCCGCUGCCGCGGAGGCAACCGCGGCUCAGCGUGCUCGUCGCCCACCCUCUGCGCACGACCGCUCGCCGCGCCAGUCGACCUCGUCGCAACAUACCGGCGGGCACGGCAGUGCGCGACCAAUGUCUGGCAGCUCAACAGGCUCUAGGCGGUUCGAUCCCCACACGGAGCCAUUACCUGCCAUGCCCGCGGCCAUACCCGCUGCCAUGCCUGGUCCGAGCGGAAGUGUCGGUCUGGGACUGGGUGCCAUUGGCUCCCCACGCGAUGGCGCUAUUAGCGCGAUUACCGCCUCGCGGUCCCACCGUGAGGGCUUGAACGUGCCCGGCGCCGAGCGUGGCGCGAGUCGUGAGCACGCGGGUCUCAGCCCGCCCAGUCCGGCGGGCAUGGCACGUGGUGUAUCCGGCGACUCGUACCUCGCCGCAUUUCGUUCACGGAACCCCGCCGACGCGCCCGGCCAGAACCGCGAUUCUCGUGACUCUCGUGACUCACAGGCGUCCGGCAGCGAACAGACAGAUCGCACCGCCGCUGCCGCGGUCGUGGAAUCGGACUUUGGACCCGGGUUGCGGGACAGCACGUCCAACAAGUUUGGUACGUUUGGGCCGGCGGAAUGGCGUGCUGCCGUGGCGGAGCAGGAACACUCGGAGACGCGCGAUUCGUUUGUCACCGCUGCCGACUGGACGAGUAAUUCGACCCUCGACUCGGCACGGAGCUCGAAAGAGCUGGCGGCGGCGUCGCCCCUGGCCCAGUCGUCGUCCAUGGGCAACUUGGCACCACAGAACAUGUCGUCUGCGACGCUUAGUCCAGGACGAUCGCACUCGCGCAAGUCGUCUCGCGACCAUCCUGCUCCUCCUCCGUCGUCGUCCGCCCUCAAGCAUACUUCGCACGAGGGGCUCAAUGUCGCCUACAGCGGCAGUCCCGUCGCCUCCCCCGGUGGCCGCCGUGUCUCCCGCGAACCUGGUUCGCCUCUCCCACCCCAGCUCCCUCCUCCAGGCUAUGCUCUGCCACCACUGCCCGCGCCCGAUGGACCCCUCCCACCUAUCCCGCAGCGCUCGAGGAACCGUGUCCCACCAACCAUGUCACCGAGCAACCGUCCCCCGCUCCCCCCACCUUCGCCGGCGCCCGAUGUACCCUUGCCGCCGGUACCCAUCCCUUCCCCCCCACAGUCGUCCGCGGCGCAGGGAAGCCACGGUCUGCCUAUCACGUUGCCCAGCCGCGAGCACCACACUGUUGGCGGUGGCCGUAAAGGCCAUACGCGCGAGCCGACCGAGUAUGACAUUGACAAGAUCCUCGCCGACGCGCAGAGGCCGGUGUAUGUCCCUGACGCAGUCACUGAGGCAUCUGCUGCCGAGCUCGCUGCUGCCGAGCAGGGAAGUGUCCCUCCUGUACCUGCUGAGUCGCUGCCGCCUCUACCCCCGCCUGGGCCCAGCGGACCCAGCACGGCUGGUACACGUACACCGCCAACCCCUGGCGUGAUGAGGAAGCUGUCCACACGAAAGCCUGUGCCCGCCGUCGACGCCCAGUUGCUCGCCAUGUCUCCGCCGCCGCCGCCGCGCAAGUCGAGUCUCGUGGGCGCCACCUUGCCGACCAUUCCGAUGGAUCCGCCCGCGCCCAUCUCGACUCAGCCCCACAACCCCGAGGACAGCCCGCCACCGCCGUCGUCGUUCGCCGAUACCAGCCCCGCCAGGGAAAAGCGCGCGCGCGACUCGCUCACCGUGCCUCCUACUCCCGAACAGCAGCUGUCCGAGGCUCUCCCGCCCACAUCUCCUGUUCCCGACGCGGACGCGGACGCCGACGCCGACGUCGAGGAAGGUGAUGCGGACACGGGGGAGGCUGUCCAAGGCACCCCCGAGCUGCCCAUCACUCCUCCUGCACACCUGUCAGUCGGCGACUCGGACGUUGGCGCCAUGUCCCCCAUCAGCCCGGCAUACUCUGCCGUGACGGCUAGCGCGGCUGUCGUGUCGCUCGGUGCGGCGGGUGCGGCCCAUGUUGCUGGUGUCGCCAGUGCUCGCGUGGUCGAGCUCAGCAACGGCCACAUCACCGCAAUGCCCUCGACCACGGCCGAGACCGCCGACGCGCCUGCUCAGGCCCAAACCACGGCACAGGUUCACCAGUCCAACGCCAUGUCCAUGGCCACUGCCACGCCCCAGUCUGAGAACAUGGUCUCGCUGGCGUCGCCAGUGUCGUCACCGGACAUGCUCAUGCCGAUCAUGGACCAGAACGUCAUUGACCUCAGCAAGUCGCCGUCCAUUGGCCAGAUGUCUACCUUGCCUACCCCAGAGGCAGCUGGUGCCGCACCGGGCCCUCGUGCCAACUACAACUCGGCCGUGACUCCGCUAUUCGCUUCUGCCGAGUUUGGCGGCUACAACCCCGCCGUCUCCCCUACGGUGUCGAUUCUCAAGUCGCCACCUAGCGCCUCAUCAUCUGCGUCCAUCGGCGGUGGAUCCGGCGGCUCACUGUCAAAGUCCAAGCUCCGCCUCUUCCGUUCGCCCAAGCCUAACGGCGACAUUCCCGAUCCCAGCUCGCCACCCCUCACGUCUCCCAAUUCGGCGGCCAACGCGCGUCUGCGUACCUCGUCGCUCACCCGUGCGUUCCGUCUGAAGAAGGGCGGUCCUCUGCCACCUGGCGUCCUGCCCGACUCGCCCCUUCUUGACAACGUUGGCAGCGGCGAGCCCCAAGACGCCGCAGCCAACAAUGAGGAGCUCGCCGGUCUUGGUCUCGGCAACUUUGGCAUGGACUCGAGCGCGUACCGCACCUCGUCAGGAGGGAUCGGGUACACUCCGCCCGUGUCCAAGAGCGCCGCUGCCAAGGCGGCCAAGCUGCAAAAGGCAAAGGCUUCCGCCAAGGCGAAAGCCUCGCCCAACCUCUCUGCCCAGAGUGCGCUGCUCCUCGCGCGCCAAAAGGGGCUUGCGGACCAGACUGAGGCUCUCGAGCGCUGGCGUAGGCAGGAAGAGGAGCGUGCUCGUGCCAAGACGAUGCGCGAGAGCCACGCGUCGGCUACGAGCGCAGGCUCGUCUGCUGCGCACAUUGCCGCGGCUGCGGGCUCCACCUCGUCCACGUCGCCAGUCAAGACCAACCCCGGGUCGUCGACUGGCGCGUCCCCGCGAGUCGUGAGCAUGGCCACGUCGUCGGGACUCAGCGAAGAGGGCCACGCGACCUUGGAGGACCACAGCGACGAGGUCCACUCCCUGUCCCUCGCCAUGGUUAGCGGGCCCGGUGCGGCUGGUCGACUGGUUUCCCCCGUCGACCAGCUCGCGGCCGCUGCGACUGCCGCCCGUCGGCACAGGCGUGAGGCCCGCGAGGACAGCAUCGACGCGAACAGCAACAAGAGCUUUUCCGAUUCGGAGUCGCCCGCUGGUGCCGUCACGCCUGUCGUUCCGAGCGAUGCCGGUGCCGUCGAGGAGAUGGGUGCGGGCGCGCGCGAGGUGAUGCAAGAGCCCGAUGACGAGGAGGCGACCGAACGCAUCGCCGAGCCAGAGAACGUACGCAGGAUGUCCUUUGACUCGGCGUCCGAUGUCGCCAGUCCCAAAAUGUCCAUCGAGGUCGCCCGCGCGCGCACCAUGUCGGACGGUAUCUUUGGUUCCGGCCACCAGGGCACACUGUCCAUGGACAGCACGCCCACGUUCACCUCGCCCAAGCUUUCGUUCGACUCGCCCCAGAUGCCGAUGCAUUCGCCCCAGUCGUCCGUCUCGUCGUCGACCAUGUUCAACAGCCCCAAAGUGUCGCUUGACAACUCGCUCUUCAACAACCCGAACAUGUCCAUCGAGACCUCAAACCUCAACCGCGGCGGUGUCGAGCGCGUCGAGCGCGUCGAGCGCGUCGAGCGCGUCGAGCGCAUCAACGCCAUCCCCGUGCCCGAGGACGUGCCCGAGGAGCCUACAGCCGAGGAACUCGAGGCUGAGCGCGUCGCAGAGGAGGAGCGUCUCGAGGCUGAGCGCCUGGCCGCCGAGCAGGCCGAGGCGGAACGGCUCGAGGCCGAGCGCAUCGAGGCUGAGCGCGAGGCUGAGCUUGAGGCAGAGCGUAUCGAGGCAGAGCGUCAGCGUCUCGAGGAGGAGUAUGCCCGUCUCGAGGCGGAGCAUGCCCGUCUCGAGGCUGAGCGCGUCGAGCUGGAGCGUCUCGCGGCUGAAAAGGCCGAGGCGGACCGCCUCGCUGCUGAGGAGGAGCGCAAGCGUCUUGCGGCCGAGAAGGCCGAGCAGGACCGUAUCGACGCCGAGCGUGCCGAGCAGGACCGCAUCGAGGCCGCGAAGCGUCUCGAGGUGGCCAGGGUGCAGAUGCGCUCGGGCAAGGCCGAUGGCGGCGUCAUGCUGCGUGGCUGGGUCACCGUCCAGACCAUGCAGUCCCUCACCUGGCGCCGUCGCUUCUUCCACCUCCUGGGCCACGAGCUGAGGAUGUACAAGUCGGACGCGCCCGGCGAGACCGACAAGACGCCCCUCCAGACCGCGUCGCUUGUGGGCGCCAUCGUCUCGCAGACGUACGAGGAGAGCCAGGUUAGGGGGAGCUGGAAGCUGCGCAGUGGAACUGGACAGGAAUUCUUCAUGUUCGCCGACAGCCCCGAGGACAAGGACACCAUUCUCGAGGGUCUCAUGAUCGCCAUCGAAUAG